AACCGUGCCAAGGACCCGCAGUGGCCGGAAGGAGCGGAAGGCUUGCGAAGCCCCUCCCUCUUUCUUUUGGCCUGCGGACGCCAUUUUGCAGGUACACGGGAAGUAAUCAGUCAAGAUGACGAACACAAAGGGGAAGAGGAGGGGGACGCGUUACAUGUUCUCAAGACCUUUCCGCAAACAUGGUGUUGUCCCGCUUGCAACCUACAUGCGCAUCUAUAAGAAGGGUGAUAUUGUUGACAUCAAGGGCAUGGGCACAGUUCAGAAAGGCAUGCCGCACAAAUGUUACCAUGGCAAGACGGGAAGAGUAUAUAACAUUACUCAACAUGCUGUGGGCAUUAUUGUGAACAAGAAGGUUAAGGGCAAAAUUCUUGCCAAGAGAAUAAAUGUGCGCAUUGAGCACAUCAAGCACUCAAAGAGCAGAGAUAGCUUCUUGCAGCGCGUGAAGGAAAAUGAAAGGAAGAAGAAGGAAGCAAAGGAAAAAGGCACUUGGUUUGAACUCAAACGCCAGCCUGCUCAACCAAGAGAAGCACAUUUUGUGAGGACCGGCGGCAAAGAGCCAGAGCUUCUGGAGCCAAUUCCAUAUGAAUUCAUGGCAUAAUAUGUAUGAACAAAAUAAAGUCCUUUCUAGAGAACUCA